GGGGCGCGUAAGAUGGCGGCGGCGUGAGUUGCAUGUUGUGGGGCUGCCGGGAGCAUUCGCCGCCGCCGCGCCAUGGCGGUGACCGUGACGCUGAAGACGCUGCAGCAGCAAACGUUCAAAAUCCGCAUGGAGCCGCACGAGACGGUGCGGGCGCUGAAGGAGAAGAUCGAGGCGGAGAAGGGCAGCGACGCGUUCCCGGUGGCGGGCCAGAAGCUCAUCUACGCGGGGAAGAUCCUCAGCGAUGACGUUCCCAUCUGCGAGUACCGCAUCGACGAGAAGAACUUCGUGGUCGUCAUGGUGACCAAGGCCAAGGCAGCGCUGGGCACCGCAGCUCCUGAACCCGCGGCUUCUGCCGCUGCCACCUCAGAGCCCGCCCCGACCCCAGCGCCCCCCCCCGCUGCUGACGCCGUCCCCCCCCCGCCGGCUGCCCCCAGUGAGGAGCAGCCCCCCCAGGACCUCCCCCCGCUCACCCUCAUGGAGCCUACAACGGGUUCUGUUCCCCCCCCACGUGGUGCGGGGCGUUCGGCUGACGCUGCCUCCACCCUCGUGACGGGCUCGGAGUAUGAGACGAUGCUGACAGAGAUCAUGUCGAUGGGCUACGAGAGGGAGAGGGUGGUGGCUGCACUGCGUGCCAGCUACAACAACCCCCACCGUGCUGUUGAGUACCUGCUGACGGGCAUCCCGGGGAGCCCUGAAGCUGAGCGCCCACCCGUGCAGGAGAGCCGAGCCCCGGAGCAGCCGCAGGUUGAAGGUCAGCCAGGGGAAAACCCAUUGGAGUUCCUACGGGAGCAGCCCCAGUUCCAGAACAUGCGACAGGUGAUCCAGCAGAACCCAGCUCUGCUGCCCGCCCUGCUCCAGCAGCUGGGCCAGGAGAACCCACAGCUCCUGCAGCAAAUCAGCCAGCACCAGGAGCAGUUCAUCCAGAUGCUGAAUGAGCCUCUGGGGGAGUUGGGGGACCUGGAGGGGGAGAUGGGGGCCAUUGGGGACGAAUCCCCUCAGAUGAAUUACAUCCAAGUGACGCCUCAGGAAAAAGAAGCCAUAGAAAGGUUGAAGGCAUUGGGCUUCCCCGAGAGUUUGGUCAUCCAGGCCUAUUUUGCCUGCGAGAAGAAUGAGAACCUGGCAGCCAAUUUCCUGCUCAGCCAGAACUUUGAUGAUGACUGAGGGGCCCGGGGUGGAUUCCUCCCACCCUGUGGGGGGACGCAGAACUCCCCUUCCUCCCCCCCUACAUCUCUGCCCUCAGGGGACAUCGGGGUGGGGUGGGGCCCAAUGGGGCCCAUCCUCACCCCUACGGCGUGGGGCAGUGAUGGGUGUGCACCCCCAGAGCCUGCCCGCUGCCUUGGAGGCCGGGUGUGCUCUGGGUGGCCCCAUCCCUGUUCCCUGAUCCCUUUCUUCCUCCCCGUUCCUCCCUGUGGGGGAGCGCAGAACCGUGGGACAAACCCAGCUUGGGAAGAGAUUAAAUGCAGAAUUUUAAACCCA